AUGGCUGACUCUUUGGAUCACUUCUUGCCUAGCAUCUUAACUCAAGAUACCAAGAAAAAAAUUCAAAUCUAUGAGGAAAUCAUGGCCUACCUCAAGUCCCCAAAUGCUUCAGUCAAAUGUGAGGAUUUUGAUAAGUUUCUUGAUGGUGUGACAGGCUGGAUUGUUGCUAGUAAUUUCAAGAUUUCCCUAAACGGUUUAGAUGUUCUUAUGUGCUUGAUGGACUUGAUGAGAAAUAAUUUCCAGUCUUACAUACCAACAUGUUUGUCAUUCUAUUUUAUUUUUUCAUUGUAA